CGCUCCCUGUUAGCUGAAGCUGCUGCAAAGAGACACACGUUCGAUUCCGGCUUCAGUUUCAGAGGAGCGACGCGCGUUUCUCCGCUGCGGUUCAGUGUCGGAAGUGUAAAGGAGAGAUCAGGGAGUCAGCUCCGGGUUCACUGGGUGAGGAGGGGUCGCUUCCUGUCCCGGGCUGUGACAGUGCGUGUGUUCCCCGCCCUGCUGCGUGAUCCCGCGGGUUGAAGGAGAUCAGACACCGCGAGUCGGAAGAGAUGGCGAAAGACUGUGUCUCGAAGGUGGAGCUGUGCAUCUCCUGCACGAACCUGCUGGAUAAAGAUGUCGGCUCGAAGUCUGACCCUCUGUGUGUGCUGCUGCAGGGCACAGGAGGAGACAAAUGGACUGAGCUGGGUCGAACUGAGAGGUUGAACAACACCUCCAGUCCGUCCUUCAGUCAGCGUCUCAAGCUGGAUUAUCACUUUGAGACGGUUCAGAAUCUGAAGUUGGGGGUGUACGACAUCGACAACUCCUCCGUUGACCUCAGCGACGAUGACUACCUGGGUGGUGUCGAGCUAACACUGGGACAGAUCGUUUCCAGUAAAAGUGUGACCAGACCUCUGCAGCUGAAGAAAGGCAAACCUGCAGGGAAAGGAACCAUCACU